AUGUCGAAUGGUGUCGGCACUCGCACCCUCAUGGAUGGAAAUCAGCCUAGUGUCUCCAAAGCGAGAGAGGCUGGACUGGCGUUCCCGUCCACCAGUCUGACGCGACGGCAAAGGCGGUGGGGUCGUCCCAGACGCGCGGCGCAGCGGUGCAGUAUUGUUUACGCGACGACCCGUGGAGUUGGUCUACACAUGACGAUGGCCUUGGAGAUACUUUAG